AUGGAAUUGCCUUACGUGCCCGGCCUGUUAAUUCGCCCCUUGCAUGACAUUGUGAGAUGUGAGACAGGGACGACGCCAGAGAAGCCCUCCGCGCAAACAGCCGCCCCGCCGACUUUCUUCUUCCCCGCCAUGACCCUGACCUGCCUAGAGGGGGUCAACUCGCUUCUGCGGGAGGCGGCCGGGUGUGUUGCGACAACAGCGUGGGCAUGGGAUCUCACACCUGAGGACUGUCGUCCUGAGAAUAUCGCCCCGCUCAUGGGCAGCAACUGGCAGAAGAACCGCCAGACCCUCUGCUCGGAGGCGCAGGAGGGCAGCGACGAAGCCAAGGAGUCAGACCCGGAGUCCAUGGUUGAGGUGAUCUACGAUCCCGACUGGGAUGUUUACUACGAUCCCGAGACGCAUGAAUACUACGAGCUGAUCGAGGAGGAGUUGCAAAAGUGA